CCCCCAUUCUCGCCUCCUGCGAACUUCCGGGAGAAAUCGUCGGCUGGUUGGUUUUCUCUUUCCCGUCCACGCCCGCUCCUCGAAGCCCUGCGACGUGUUGAGCCUGUUGCUUGUUCGAUCGGUCGCGACCCAUCUAGCCCACGAUGGACGGUGGCCAGACCUCGACCAGCGCCGCCCCCGCGGGCAACUCCAGCGAUUUUGUACGGAAACUCUACAAGAUGCUGGAGGAUCCCUCGUAUUCGGAAAUCGUGCGGUGGGGUGAUGAAGGGGAUAGUUUUGUGGUCCUGGAGUGCGAGAAAUUCACCAAAACCAUCCUUCCGAAACACUUCAAGCACAGCAACUUCGCCAGUUUCGUGCGACAGCUGAACAAGUACGACUUCCACAAAGUGCGACAGAACAAUGAGGAGAAUGGGCAGUCGCCAUACGGCCAGAAUGCGUGGGAAUUUAAACACCCCGAGUUCAGAGCGAACAGCAAGGAGUCGCUCGAUAACAUCCGGCGGAAGGCCCCGGCUCCGCGCAAACAGACCCAGCCCAGCGACGACUCGGUCCCUACCCAGCAAAUAGACUUGCUGAACCAGCAGAUUGUGGCGCAGCAGCAGCAGAUCCAAAACUUGUCGGAUCGCUACGCACAGCUGACGGUCGAUCACCAGUUGAUGCUGCAGGAGCUUUUGAGGGUCCAGAAAACGGUCCUCAACCAUGAGAACGUCAUCCACCAGGUGAUGACUUACCUGCUCUCUGUCGAUGCUCGCCAAAGGCGCGACAGCAAGGCAGCGGCGCCUUUCCAAGCCCAGGGCCAAGCUGGCUCGACCAUGAGUCCUUCGCAGGUCGCAACCAUGGACGACGAGCCGUCAUCGCCCUUGCAGCAUGCUUCGAAACUCCUGAGUGAUAUGAACGCCGAAAUCCAGUUCAACCUGGCUGGCUUGGAGUCAAUGGGGGAGCCCCCGAAAAACACGGCGGUAGUUCCUGCGCCUGCUAUGGAGGCGGCCUCGCGCAACGGUGUCGCGCGCCCCCCGCCCACAAACCAGGCCAUGGUCUAUUCGAAGAUGAACGGCGAGAUCGAGCCCGUCGUUUACCCCGUCGGUGCCACAAAUGGGAUCGAUCCUAUGUACAGCGAACAUGUCAACAACGUCCCUUACCCGAUGCCCCCCAAGCAAGAGCUUGACGAGACCCGAAGGCAAUUCCCCGACAACCGCAAGAAGAGCGCAAAUGUCGACCCUGGCUGGAUGCGCAACCCGCAUAUUCUGCUUGUGGAGGAUGAUGCGACAUGCCGACAGAUCGGCGGGAAAUUCCUUUACUCCUUCCACUGUCACAUUGAUACCGCGUUUGAUGGACUGGAAGCUGUGAACAAGAUCCAGGAUGGCUCCAAAUACGAUCUUAUCCUCAUGGAUAUCAUCAUGCCCAAUUUGGAUGGUGUCUCGGCUUGCCAUCUGAUCCGCCAGUUCGACAGAACCCCCAUCAUCGCCAUGACCUCCAAUAUCCGGAGCGAUGAUAUCCAACUCUAUUUCCAGCAUGGCAUGGAUGAUGUUCUCCCCAAGCCCUUCACGAGGAAGAGUCUUCUUGAUAUGCUUGAGAAACACUUGGUCCAUCUCAAGAUUCAGCCGGGCAUGGAGCCUCCCCAAUCUGCGGCCUCGGUCACUAUGGCCGCCCAGAGCUCGGCGGCCCAGUCGGUUAAAGAGGACAGCUCCCCUGGUCAAUCACCAGUAACUCCGAUGAAUAACUGGCAAUCCCCCGGCCAGUUCCCGGGAAUGGCCCCUGUGGCCCCUAGCAUUCAACAGGUCCCAAGUCAAUACGUUCCUGCUACCCCGGCCGCGGCUGCAUAUGCCGUGGACCAAAAUGGCGUUCAAUAUCCUGCACCUCCUGUGGCGCUCACAGCUGCAGCGACUGCAGCAGCCGCCAGGCCGCAACCACGACGGCAGCUUUCAGAAAUGUCUAGUGCCGGGGAACCCCCUAACAUAGCUAAACGGCCGCGCAUGUAUGCGCACCAGGCGCAGCCCAUCGUCAACCCAAUGCAAGCGACGCGGACUGGCUAGGCCCGGUG